GCGUGCUUUAUUCAAUCCACAAACUGGAGAUCAUCUUAAGCAAGAGUUGUCAUGCCGUUCGGUUUGGUUUCAGCGUGGAAUAAGCGCCGCAGAAGCAAGUCUGAAGAUCACAUCAAUCCUUGUAUGUUUCAGUUUCUAAUAUCUCGUGUUCUUCUACUCCUGUUGCGUUACAACUUAGUUGUUGCACCCAUGCAAUUCACUUGCUUUUUUGGCCAUCAAUUCUUUAAUUUCUGCUUUUCCUUUUCAGGGGUGUAUAAACCAGUGGAAUGUUGGAAAAUUGAGGGCAGCGCUCCACCUGCAAAAAGACACCAUGGAUCAGCAGUUUUCACGCUUAAAGAAAUGGAAGAGGCAACACAUUCUUUCAGUGAACAAAAUCUACUUGGGAAAGGAGGAUUUGGUCGAGUCUACAAGGGUACUUUACGGUCUGGAGAGUCACAGAUUGUAGCAAUCAAGAAAAUGGACCUACCGUCAUUUAAAGCAGCAGAAGGGGAGCGCGAAUUCCGGGUGGAAGUUGAUAUCUUAAGCAGAUUGGACCAUCCCAAUCUUGUAUCUUUAAUAGGCUAUUGUGCAGAUGGGAAGCAUAGGUUCUUGGUUUAUGAAUAUAUGCCACGAGGGAAUCUGCAAGAUCACUUGAACGGUAUUGGAGAACUGAAGAUGGAUUGGCCUUUGAGACUCAAAGUGGCUCUUGGAGCAGCAAGAGGACUUGCAUAUCUCCAUUCCAGUUCUGCUGUCGGAAUUCCCAUUGUACACCGAGACUUCAAAUCAACCAAUAUCCUGCUAGACAACAACUUUGAAGCCAAGAUUUCAGACUUUGGACUUGCAAAGUUGAUGCCAGAGGGCCAGGAAACCUGUGUAACAGCAAGAGUGCUGGGUACUUUUGGCUACUUUGAUCCAGAAUAUACGUUGACAGGAAAACUCACUUUACAAAGUGAUGUUUAUGCAUUUGGAGUGGUUCUGCUAGAGCUUUUGACUGGACGGAGAGCAGUUGACCUGAACCAAGGACCAAAUGAUCAGAACUUAGUACUGCAGGUUAGGCACAUAUUGAAUGAUAAAAAGAGGUUGCGCAAGAUAAUUGAUCCAGAUAUGAGCAGGAAUUCAUAUACAAUGGAGUCUAUAGCCAUGUUUGCUAGCCUUGCAUCGCGCUGUGUACGAAUUGACAGUACUGAACGGCCCUCAAUGAUAGAAUGCGUUAAGGAGCUCCAACUAAUUGUCUACACAAAUUCAAGGGGACUAGGGAUGACACUGCAUACUUUCAGAAUGAUUUAAACAAACAACAAUCUUUUUCAUACAAAAAUUAGAGAUGCAUCAUGAUACACCGUGUAAAUGAUCUUCCAGCUAAGAAGACUGUACUGCAACCUAGAAUCUUCAAAGUUCAAGAAAUUCUUAAGAUUUUUACAAGCAACCCUCAGUUUAUUGAUUGGUCAUAUAUGAUAAACAUACUCAUAGGUGUCUGAAGGAAGAUGGUAUUUUUAUAAUUUAAUGACUCAAAAAGAGUUUCUGAUAGACAGCCGGAAGCAUCAGGUGUCAUAUUUUUCCUUCUUUUUUUUUCCUCUUUUAGCUUCACCAUUUUCUGAUAAGGUAUUUCUCUCGUGUAAUUUGAAGAUUUGUACAACAAUGUGAAUAAAAUCUGAGACAUUGCUCGUCUUUUCCUUA